AUGGGAGCCUGUGUCAUUGUGACUGACACCAAUACCUCAUUUGGUCUUCAGAGUAACAGCACAGGCAUCACAGCCUUCUCCAUGCCCAGCUGGCAGCUCGCGCUGUGGGCCACAGCCUACCUGGGCCUGGUGCUGGUGGCUGUGAUGGGCAAUGCCACAGUCACCUGGAUUAUCCUGGCCCACCAGAGGAUGCGCACGGUCACCAACUACUUCAUCGUCAACCUUGCCCUGGCCGACCUAUGCAUGGCUACUUUCAAUGCUGCCUUCAACUUUGUCUACGCCAGUCACAACAUCUGGUACUUCGGCCGCGCCUUCUGCUACUUCCAGAACCUCUUCCCCAUCACGGCCAUGUUCGUCAGCAUCUACUCCAUGAUGGCUAUCGCAAUUGACAGGUACAUGGCCAUUGUCCAGCCUUUCCAGCCGCGGCUCUCGGCCCGCAGCACCACGGCGGUGAUCGGCGGCAUCUGGCUGGUAGCCCUGGCCCUUGCCUUUCCCCAGUGCUUCUACUCCGCCAUCACCGAGGACGAGGGCGCCACCAAGUGCGUGGUGGCCUGGCCGGAAGACACUGGGGGCAAGUCACUGCUCCUGUACCACCUAGUAGUGAUCGUCCUCAUCUACCUCCUGCCGCUCACUGUGAUGUUCGUAGCCUACAGCAUCAUUGGCCUCACGCUGUGGCGGCGCGCAGUCCCCAGACACCAGGCGCACGGCGCCAACCUGCGCCACCUGCAGGCCAAGAAGAAGUUUGUGAAGACCAUGGUGCUGGUGGUGGUGACAUUUGCUGUCUGCUGGCUGCCCUACCACCUCUACUUCAUCCUGGGCAGCUUCCAGGAGGACAUUUACUGCCACAAGUUCAUCCAGCAGGUCUACCUAGCGCUCUUCUGGUUGGCCAUGAGCUCUACCAUGUACAACCCCAUCAUCUACUGCUGCCUAAACCGAAGGUUUCGAUCUGGAUUCCGGCUGGCUUUCCGGUGUUGCCCAUGGGUCACACCCACCGAGGAAGACAAGCUAGAGCUGACUCACACUCCAUCCUUCUCCUUGAGAGUCAACAGGUGUCACACCAAAGAGAUUUUGUUCAUGGCUGGGGACAUGGUUCCCUCUGAGGCUACCAACGGGCAGGCUGGGGGUCCCCAAGAUGGGGAAUCUGUAGAGCUCUCAAGUCUUGUGCCUGGCUGCAGGGAGGGGCCCAUCAUCCGAGGAGAAUCAGCCCGUUGA